AUGGGGGUGGACGUGGGGCAGGAGUCGAAGCGGCAGACAGAUGUGGUGUUCGACGGACACCGGUGGACCAAGUACGGGCAGAAGGUGCUGCUGCACUCCAGCUUCGUGCGGUCGUACUACCGGUGCAGCUACUGCAGCGCGGCCAAGGGGUCAUGCCCGGCGCGCAAGCUGGUAGACCGGCACCCCUCCAACCCGCACGAGAUCCGCGUGGGGUACCACGGCCGCCACAACCACGCUGGGCUCUCCCCCGCCUCACCCACCAUCCAGCGCUCUGUCACUCCGCCCCGGGAUAUGUCGGAGUCUUCUCAGAGCAUGGCUGCUGCUGCCGCUGCUGCCGUCGCUGCUGCUGAGGCGGCGGGUGCUGUGAUGGGGGAUGGUGCGGGGGGGAAUGGGGAGUCGAGGUUGGAUGGAGGUGCAGCUGGGGAAGGCCAGUCUCUCCCACUGGCAGCGAGGCGGGAUGCGCGGAAUUCAAUGCAGUUUGGGGAGGAAGCGGUGGGGGAGGGAGAGGAGGGGGUGGAUGGGGGUGAAGGGACAGGGCAGGACCUGGAUUACAAGCGCAAGGGGGAAGGGGGCGGACGUGGGGAAGGCAGGGGAGGGGCUGGGGAGGGGGGAGGAGCGGGGGAAGGGGGGAUAUCUGGGAAAAAGGGGGUGGGGAGAGGUGCGGAAGCAGAGGCGAAAGCGCUGGAGAAGGGGGAGGGCGGAGGAGGGGGGAGCACUGGUGGGGAGGGAGCGGGACGGGGAGAUGGGUCGGUAGGGGGGAGUGUGGGCCCGAAGCAAGGCAGAAGGGAUGACGAGGGUGUGGGUAGGGUUGUGGGGUGGAAUGGUGCAGUGAUGGGGGGAGUGACUGGGAUGGUGGGAGCAGAUGGGGGGAUGCGAGCAAAGGGAGAAGGGGUGAUGGAAGGAGAAGAGAUGGUGGGAGGAGGAGGAAUGUUGGGAGGAGAAGGGAUGAUGGGAGCAGGGGAGGGUAUGAGGGGUGAGCCUGGCUUGAUUGCUGGCACUGGUGGUGCUGGGGGGGGCGGUGGUGGUGGUGGUGGUGGUGGUGGUGGUGGUGGGGCGGUAGGUGCACCUGGGGAGAUGCCCAUGCCUGCACCUGGAGUGACAGGCACUACUGAUAGGCUAGGCCCUAGCCCUCCCCUCAAGCGAGCAAAGCUCUCAACACCUGCGAACCUCGCAGCACUGCUCAAGACAGCAUCAAGUGCGCUCACGCGCACGGUUUCAGGGCAGGACCAGUCGUGGGGUGGCAUGAUGGGGAUGGGGGCGGUGGGGCAGAUGGAGUGGGGUAGAGCAGUGGGCGGGAGAAGAGGAGCGAUUGUGGAGGGAAGUAGCGGAGCAGGUGGAGGGAUGGGAGGAGGGAUGGGAGGAGGGAUCGGAGGAGGAACAGGAGGGGGGAUGGUAGGAGGAGCAGGAAGAGGGAUGGAUGGAGGUGUGGGAGCAGGGAUGGGUGGCGGCAUGGGAGUAGGGAUGGAAGGAGGGAUGGGAGGAGGAGCAGAAAGAAGGGGGGAUAGGGCCGCGGCAGGAGGAGCAGCACGGCGAGUGGAAGGAGGGUUGACUCGAGCGUUUCGAGAGGCGGAGGCUGGGAAGGGUGGGGCAUCGGGAGGGCAUGCUGCCGGAUGA